GGGACACGUGACAGUCACAGGGUCACAUUCUGCGGUCCACGAGUUUGGGACCGGGCUGGUCACGUGACGCGGUGGGGGCACCAUGGGGUGAUGUGAGAUGCGGGUGUCUCGGAUUACGUACAAAUGACGUAUUCCUACCCCUUUUGGCAACCACAUCUCCGUUGGAAGAUGCAACGGUUCCGGUGACGGUAGCAAGUUCUCGCGUCCAGGCAUCUCCGCUUCCGCUCGGGGCGCAACAACUUCCGACUCCACCUUCCCAGCCUCGGGCAAGGAAGAGACGCGACCAUGUGCGCAUGCCCCGAAUUUAUCACGGAGGGGCGGGGCUGAGGCUGCGGGAGCUGGAGGGGGGAAGAAAAGGGAAUUCCAACCUGUGGAACCUUGGGGGGUCCCCGGGGUCGGCGCCUUCCCAUUGACUGUGGGCGGUGCAAGGGACGGAGCCUCUGGCGGCUCGUGGGGGUGUUGGGGUCCGCAGGGGGAGGGAGGGGAGUGUCAGAGUGUGAGCGGGGUACGGGAAUUCCAAAUUUGAGGGCCUCCCGGCUCUGGCGCCGGGGAGGGAGAGCUCAGGCCGCCAUGCGGGACAGGACCCACGAGCUGAGACAGGGGGAUGACAGCUCGGACGAAGAGGACAAGGAGCGGGUCGCGCUGGUGGUGCACCCGGGCACGGCACGGCUGGGGAGCCCGGACGAGGAGUUCUUCCACAAGGUCCGGACAAUUCGGCAGACUAUUGUCAAACUGGGGAAUAAAGUCCAGGAGUUGGAGAAACAGCAGGUCACCAUCCUGGCCACGCCCCUUCCCGAGGAGAGCAUGAAGCAGGAGCUGCAGAACCUGCGCGAUGAGAUCAAACAGCUGGGGAGGGAGAUCCGCCUGCAGCUGAAGGCCAUAGAGCCCCAGAAGGAGGAAGCUGAUGAGAACUAUAACUCCGUCAACACAAGAAUGAGAAAAACCCAGCAUGGGGUCCUGUCCCAGCAAUUCGUGGAGCUCAUCAACAAGUGCAAUUCAAUGCAGUCCGAAUACCGGGAGAAGAACGUGGAGCGGAUCCGGAGGCAGCUGAAGAUCACCAAUGCUGGGAUGGUGUCUGAUGAGGAGUUGGAGCAGAUGCUGGACAGUGGGCAAAGCGAGGUGUUUGUGUCCAAUAUCCUGAAGGACACGCAGGUGACUCGACAGGCCUUAAAUGAGAUCUCGGCCCGGCACAGUGAGAUCCAGCAGCUUGAACGCAGUAUUCGUGAGCUGCACGACAUAUUCACUUUUCUGGCUACCGAAGUGGAGAUGCAGGGGGAGAUGAUCAAUCGGAUUGAGAAGAACAUCCUGAGCUCAGCGGACUACGUGGAACGUGGGCAGGAGCACGUCAAGACGGCCCUGGAGAACCAGAAGAAGGCGAGGAAGAAGAAAGUCUUGAUUGCCAUCUGUGUGUCCAUCACCGUCGUCCUCCUAGCAGUCAUCAUUGGCGUCACGGUGGUUGGAUAAUGUCGCACAUUGUUGGCACUAGGAGCACCAGGGACCCAGGGCCUGGCCUUCUCUCCCAGCAGCCUGGGGGGCAGGGCAGAGCCUCCAGUCGGACCCCUUCCUCACACUGGCCCCUAUGCAGAAGGGCAGACAGUUCUUCUGGGGUUGGCAGCUGCUAAUUCAUGGUGGCCGCCUCCUUCAGGCCUCAAUGCCUGGGGGAGGCCUGCACUGUCCUGAUUGGCCGGGACACACGGUUUUGUAAAAAAUUAAAAAACAAAAAAAGAGCAUAGAAAGCCCUGUGCACGUGUGUUCCUGGAAGGGCUGGCCCAAGGCUUCCGGGCAUCCAACCUCCUUACCUCCUGGACGUCCCCAGGGCCGGCCCUGGCUGCUCAGGUCAAACUGCCAUGGGUGCUAUGCCCACAGCAGGCUGGUUCUGCCUUUCUGCACCCCCAUAGGAAUGGGUGGGCAGGGAGGGGUAACACCGGCAUCUAGCUCCUGGCUCAGUACUGUCCCCGGGAAAGGACCACUGUGAGUAUCUGUCUUGGAAAUGAUGAGGCUGACCAGGCCAGGCUGGGACGCAGGUGAGAUGGGGGUUUGGGUGGCAUCAGUGGGCCUUCUUGUGGCCCAGAGGAAGAGGCACCAUGAAAAAAUGCCUAAUUGAGGCUGUCACUUUGGAUGCAGUGGAUAGGGAUGGUCUGGUUUCAGCAGGGAUGACACUGGAGUGGGAUGUUAAGUGGGGAGAAGCCAGUUAUGGCGAGAAGCUGGGGAAGAGGUUGCCAGUCAGAAAGCACAGGAGGCCGGGCCCUGUGACCAACAAAAGCAUCAUCUUUUACAUAAGAGUUUAGGCAGGGUGUGGUGGCUUGCACCAGUAAUCCCAGCACUUUGGGAGGCCCAGGCAGGAGGAUCUCUUGAGCCCAGGAGCUUGAGACCAGCCUAGGCAGGAUGGGGCAACCUCUUCUCUUUAGAGAAUAAUAAUUUUAAAAAUUAGCCAGGCGUGAUGGCAAGUGUCUGUUGUCCCAGCUACUCCAGAGGCUGAGGUGGGAGGAUCGCUUGAGCCCAGGAGGUUAAGGCUGCAGUGAGCCAUGGUCAUCCCACUGCACUCCAUCCUGGGUGACAGAGCGAGACCCUGUCUCAAAAAUAAUAGCAAUCAUCAUCAGUAGCAGCAGCAGCAGCAGCAGCAUAGAGAGCCAGUGAUCCUGGAUCAGUGCACCUGGUUGCUGAGAGUUACCUGGCUGAAACAGGUGGUGGCAGCAGAAAAGCCUGACCUCUGAUUUCUUCCAUAAGUAGAGACGGGGUUUCAUCGUGUUAGCCAGGAUGGUCUCGAUCUCCUGACCUCGUGAUCCGCCCGCCUCAGCUUCCCAAAGUGCUGGGAUUACAGGCAUGAGCCACCGCGCCCGGCCCCCGACACCUAGUUUUAAAGGGCCCCUGCUGUUGCUGCCGCUGCCGCCGCUCCCAGCUGCCCAGUCUGGCGGGCUCAGUCCCGCGUUGCCAUGUGUGGGAGACCGCGUCCCGUAAGCGCUGGAUGUGGCUUCGCUGAUGCACAUUGGACCGGGCUCUGGACUGGGCUAGGGGAAGGGCAGGAGGGCGGAAUUGGGCCCGAGGGCCAGGCCUCGCCGACCCCCGACUGCGCCUCCCGGUGGCCCCGCAGCGCCUCCCGGUGGCCCUGGAGUGCAGGUCUUACCGUCCGAGAUCGCCCGCAACUGGGCGAGCUGUGCAUGGGGCGUGGCCAAGGCCGUGGUUUGGUUACGAUUGGCCAGCGGGACUUAAGUGUUGUCUCUGAAGAGCAUGGACAUUAGUCUGGAGGGUCCUGGAAGAGUGAUCCCCGCCCCACCAUCAAAUGGCGCUUAGGUCUAGGAAGCGGGUGUGGGUGGGGCCUUAGGGCGAGGCGCAGACACACCCCGAAGUGGUUGGAUUGUAUACCGCAAGGGGCUGGAUCGAACCCCCUAAAGACACUGGAAGGCUGUGUGGCUGAGGAGGGCCCGGCAGAUCCAGUGUGUCGUGGGCUUUACAGGAAAGAGCUCCACCUUCGCUGGAGUGUGCAGAUGCGAUCUAGGUGUGUCCACCCGAUGGGAGCUGCGGGCCGGGCAGAUGCUGCCCCAGUACAAAGCUGAUUUGGACCUGGGGCCUCUGGACUUCCCUGAUUCUCUGCUUGCAUCUCCAGCAAAGUCCUGUCCCAUUGGCUGCCUUCAUCCACUCUCUCGCCUCUCUGCCUUCAGAGUAAAAUUGCAAGAUCUGUGGUGCUUA